AUGCAACCUUCAACAAAGCUAGCUGUGACAAUUCGAGUCCUCAUUGCCUUGGCCACAACCACAUUCUUUCAACCAGACGAGUACUUUCAGGCUUUGGAACCAGCUCAUCAUCUCGUAUUUGGCUAUGGUCAUCUCACUUGGGAAUGGUUAUCACCGCAUCCAAUUCGAAGUUUUAUAUACCCAGCCUUGAAUGUCCCAAUAUUCUGGCUAUUGCGCGUCACACGUCUUGCUGACUCUGCAUAUUUAGGGGACUGGUUAUUGAUCCUCGGUCCCAAGGUUUUACAUGGUCUUUUGGCGGCUGGCACAGAUAUCGGGCUCUGCAAACUCACCCGCACUGUCCUGGGUGUAGAUGCCGUUCCUCUUGCGCUGCUGCUAUCAUUGAGCUCCUUCUUUCACGCUCUAGCGCUCUCCCGGUCCCUCUCUAACUCUCUCGAAACUUCACUCUCAACAAUAGCAUUCUCGUUUUAUCCAUGGGAUGCUAGCUCGCAUCCCAAUUAUCAAUUAGCGAUCCCCAGCUUAGAAAAGACGAUACUAUGCAGCGCUCUUGCUUGUCUCAUUCGACCCACAAACGCUUUGAUUUGGGUCUAUCUAUAUGGAAGCCUUGUGUGGAUACUCAGAAAACAUACGAACAUUGUUUUGUCUAUCAUUCGUCAGGUUACCCUGGUUGUAACUAUCGCUCUAUUAUUUCAAUUCUCAAUUGAUUCCAUGUACUACGGCAAAGCAAUAUUCACCCCUCUCAACUUCCUGCUCACCAAUUUGUCUUCCGUCUCCCUAUUCUACGGUUCCAAUUCCUGGCAUUAUUAUGUCACGCAAGCUUUGCCCAUUCUUUGCACUACCGCGCUGCCUUUUUCUAUUCAUGGGAUGUGGUGCACCCUCACUGACAGAAGCCAAAACAACCGAGCUCUCCAAGUCAUGUUGAAAACCAUCCUUUGGUCCACCGCUGUAUAUUCAUUCGCUGGGCACAAGGAAUGGCGUUUUCUUCACCCUCUCUUGCCGCUUCUUCAUGUAAUGGCCGCAAAAUCACUUCUGGAGCUGAACAUUUCAUCAAAUAGGGCGGGAUACCUGCCCAUCAAACGAAAACACCUCGUUCUGCUGCUCCUGACACUUCCGGCAUCACUCUAUGUUGUGCUGUUUUACUGCAGUGCUCCGAUCUCUGUUCUCGCCUACUUCCGAUCCCUCCCGCACGAGGAGCUCAACCAGACCACCAUUGGGUUCCUAAUGCCCUGUCAUUCCACACCAGGUUAUGCAUAUCUCCAUCGCAAGGAGCUGGCCGACGGACGGAUGUGGGCCCUUGGCUGCGAACCCCCGUCUCGCAGACACCAGGAUCUGGCGUCGUAUCAUGACCAGACCGAUAUAUUUUACGCAUCACCACAGACUUAUCUAAGCACUUACUUUCCGGAUAAAGUCAACCAGUCGUUCCCACUCUCUCCAUUUCCGACCUCGAUCCCCGGUUCACCAUCAGUCGGUGUGCGAGAAUUCCCAUGGAGGCAUGAGUGGCCUGAAUAUUUAGUUUUUUUUGGAGACCUCCUGCUCGGGGGUGCGAUUCGACAACUUUUAAAAGGAAAGGGUUAUGUGGAAAUUUGGAAGGCGGGACCGGAAUGGCACGGGGAGGGAAGGCGGAAAGGUGGAGUACGGGUUUGGAAAUGGCGUCAUCGCACAUGGACUACGUAG